GGGCAGAUUUUCGCUCAGCUGGCCCCGGGCAGCUGCUGGUUUGUCUCUUGCAAAGAAUUGCAAUUCUUUUUUGCAAGCAUGGCGCGUCCCGGGCCGUUGCACGGUUGCAUUUUAGCAACCCUGCUGGUGGCGGCGCUCUUUUUAAGCCCCGGGGCUAAGGGGGCGCCUUCUGCCACCGAAGCUCGGUGCGAAGUGUGUCAAGAUUUUUUGGAAAGAUUCUACAGUUCUUUGAAAGCAAAACAUUCUGAUUUCUCCAUGGCUUCUAUAGAAGAGGAAUUAAUUAAGGCCUGCAUGAACGCAAAAGGCAAAGAACACCGCUUGUGCUAUUACCUUGGGGCCACCGAAGACGCAGCUACCAAGAUCCUCACUGAAGUCAGUCGUCCAAUGAGCGGUCAUAUUCCUGUGACCAAAAUCUGCGAGAAACUGAAGAAAGUCGAUAUUCAGAUUUGUGAACUCAAACACGAAAGACAAGUUGAUUUAACUUCGAUAGAUCUCUCCAAGAUGAGGGUGGCUGAGCUGAAGAAGAUCCUGGAUAGCUGGGGAGAAGUUUGCAGAGCUUGUGCAGAAAAAACGGACUUUGUGAACCUGAUUAAGGAGGUUGCUCCCAAGCAUACGGCUCCUCCUGCUAAAACUGACCUUUGAUGGGUGCCGCUUCCCCUGAGUGCUUUCCACACUCAGCCUUAAGCCUGACGUCACAAUUGCCUUUCAUUCACCAGGACACCUUCUGAAGAAACGUAGGAAAUUACUACUAGAACUCCAUGGAUCUCAAGGACUUCUGCAGCCCAGCAGAAGGAGAGGAAGAAAUCCAGUCAAUGGACAUAAAAAAAAUUUCUCAGUCAUAAAAGCACAGAAAAAUAGUAGAAUCUUUUGCAAUUGGAUUAAUGGACCCAGGGUUGAAGGACAAUAAAAAGACGGCUGCAGGCGGGGAGCUCAAAAUAAGAAAUGCUUUCUCCAGAUUUCAAUCCUUGCCUCCACUUUGACCAGGUGAUCUCUCUGGAUCUCGGUUAAGGUGGUCCUCGAUUGGUCAAGCUCCCUAUUUAUUUUCUCCACCCAUCCCUGCCAGGAAAUAUUGAUCUUGGGGUGUGUGUGUGUGUGUGUGUGUGUGUGAUCAAAAUCAGCUAGAAGUCGGAGGGCACAUUACAACGCAAACCCUCCUGGCUUUUGUGCAGCUGUUGACAUCACAUGUGUGUUUGAAGAGGGCAGAGCUUGCAUGGUGUCACUCCAUCUACUAGCUGGUCAAGGUUGUACCUUCCCCUGCAGGUGCCCCUGCCAGAAAAACAAAUGCCACCUGCUUGGCCUUCCAUGGGAAUGUCGUUUGUGUACCGGAGACAAAGCAGCAAUCACCAGCGCGUAAGAGUCCCUUGGUCUGGAAGGGGAAACUUGGCAGAAUCCUUAUCAAUUUCUCCGUUUCAAAGAAAGGGAAGGAGGGGGAGAGAGAGAUGAUACAGAUGAAAAAUAGAUACAUGAUGGAUGGAUG